AUGGCUUCGACCAAGGAAGGCCCCAUCGAGGGCGCCAGCAAGCAGGAGCAGCUCUACCGCCAUCCCAACGCCAGGAAGACGCCAGAGGCCGAGCCUCGCGACGCAAAGUCGACCGACGAGGGCUUCGCCUCGCCGCAAGAGGCACCCUCGCGUGCCAGUCAGAGCACCCCGGCGUGUUCCGACACGGUAUGGGACCCCAUCCACGCCCUGUCUCGACGCUCGCGCAGCGACACCGACGACUUUUUCUCGCCCCUGCUCCAGCUCGAUCAAGAGCCCGGAUCGGCCCACUCGUCCGGACCCCUCGACUAUGCUGACACCUUCGCGCGCAGCGAGAGCGACCCGAUCCACUCGACCCAGCCCGAGGAGCAGGCUCGAGCCGCCGGCGUCAUUGGCAAGCCGCCUGGCACUGAGCAGCACAGCGACUUCGGCCCGCGACAGCGCAGCCUGGCGUUUCCGAGCUACAGCGCCUCGGACGCUGGCCGCGGCCGGGUCGAGCCGACGGCAAAGGGUCAGAGCAGCCCCACCGGACUCAGCAGCGAGACAUCAGAAGAUCUGCGCAGGCUCUUCUCGCCCGCCGGUCGCGGCUUCACCGAGGCGCUCGAGCAGUCUUCCUGGCGCAAGGGGCCCGUUGGCCCUGUAGGCACGCAUCCGUGGAGCCGAGAUCCGUCGCUUGCGGAGCCUCCACGUCCACUUCUGUCGAUGCCCGGCCCUCGCAUUCAUCCAGAGGUCCUCGGCACCUUCCUAGGGACCCACAUGCCUCGCACCGACCCUCACUCCUCAGGGAGCAGCAGCAGCAUCAUCGACCCGUUUGACUUUUCGCGUGGCGGCCGCAGCAGACGCAACACGGGCUGCUCGGACAGCCUCGGAAGUUUUGGCAAGAGCUCACCGACGCUGCUGCACCCGCCCAUCUAUCGGCCGACGUAUGUCGACAAGGAGGUUCAGACCGAGGACAGCGCCAUCAUCGACGAGGCCAACCGCAUCCGCGGAAUCAUCGAACUGCGCCAAGCCCGCAGUGACAUGCACCUUGUAGGCAGCGUUUGA